AUGUCUUUGGGGUCUUUACAAGUGUUAAAUUUUAGUAAAGAUAAGGCAGAUGCCGAAAAGGCUGAAAUUGAGGCCAGAAGAGCAAAAGUCUUGGCAGAAUUAGAUAUUAGGAAGGCUGUGGCAGAAGUAGAUAAAGCUGAAACAGAUCUAGGAAAGUCAAAUGCUGCAGAAUUUAAUAAUUUUUAG